UUCCUAGUACAACUGUACACACUAAUGACUACACUGCUCUCUCUAACUAAAAAGUUUAUUGCAUUCAACCUCCGCCACCACCAUCCUUGUUUUUCUCUCUGCUCAGUUUUGUUUCUUUUUUUCUGUAUAACUCAGACAUGAGAAUCUAAGAUACAACAAUAGUAUUCAUUUCAUAGUCGAGAAAAAGAUUUCAUAUUAUAAAGGGGGAGCGUUGGCUUUAGCAUGCAACUUGGGUGGGAGGGAGCGUCAAAGAAAGAGAGCCACAGCAAUAGAAUAAACACUCACACGGAGACAAGAAGAAGAUCAUGCAAGAUAUCAAGAAGCAGCAGGAUAAGCAGAAGAAGCAAAUGGUCAAUGAAGAAUCUAAGAAGAAGGAGCGUCACAUUGUGACGUGGAGUCAAGAGGAAGAUGACAUACUGAGGGAGCAGAUAGGUGUACAUGGAACUGAGAAUUGGGCAAUUAUUGCUUCUAAGUUCAAGGACAAAACAACAAGACAGUGCAGAAGAAGAUGGUACACUUAUUUGAAUUCUGAUUUCAAGAAAGGAGGAUGGUCACCAGAGGAAGACAAGCUUUUAUGUGAGGCUCAAAAAAUAUUUGGUAACAGGUGGACAGAAAUAGCAAAGGUGGUUUCAGGCAGAACGGAUAAUGCUGUGAAAAACCGUUUCUCCACACUGUGCAAAAAGAGAGCAAAAUAUGAAGCAUUAGCAAACGAGAACAACACUUCAUACAUCAAUUCAAAUAACAAAAGGAUUUUUCUCCAGCAUGGGUGUGAUACAGAUGUGGCAUCAGAAUCUGCUAUUAAGAAAAUGAGGAGGUCCCAUAUCUCUGAUGCCACUGAGAAGAUCAACUUUGGAGACAGAUCGCAUAAACAAAAUGGGAUUCUAUUAAAUCAGCAGUCAAGAGCACCAUUUGCAGUUUUAGCUCAAAACUCUCACAAUGUCAACUUGCCAGACCAGCAUCGUGUCUGCAAUUUGAAGUUUAGCGAUUAUGCUCAAAACAACAAGAUUCAAGGAACAUUCCUUAAAAAGGAUGACCCAAGGAUAAACACAUUGAUGCAACAAGCAGAGUUAUUAAGUUCACUAGCUCUAAAAGUUGAUGCAGAGAACAUGGAUCAAAGUCUUGAAAAUGCAUGGAAGGUUCUUCAAGAAUUUCUGAACCGAACCAAAGAGUUAGACAUUCCUAGAUAUAAGAUUCCAGAUUUACAACUUGUAGAUCUUAAAGAUUUAUUGGCGGACUUAAAGAGCAGUAGUGAGGAAAUCCAGCCAUGCUGGAGGCCAGUGGAACUAUAUGAAGACUCUCCAGGCAGUUCUGAAUACAGUACAGGAUCAACUCUCAUGCCUCAUUCAGCUGGUGAGGAUUUGGAACAUUCACUGCAUCAGGACAUUGGAACCGAACUGAAUAUACAAAUUGGAGAUCCAGAAGGGGUUAGGGGAUGUGACCAAGGGAUUCUUUCUAGUGCAACUCUGAAUCAAGAUUUAUUCUCAUCUUCUGAGGAACAGAUAAACAAUGAUGGCAUUGUUUCGGCCUUGUCACGUUCAGAGUUCAGUUCACCUCUUCAAGUUACCCCUCUGUUUAGAUCCUUAGCUGCUGGAAUUCCUAGCCCACAAUUUUCAGAAAGUGAAAGGAGCUUCCUUAUGAAAACACUUGGAAUGGAGUCUCCGUCGCUCAAUCCAAGUGCCAACCCCUCACAACCGCCACUCUGCAAAAGAGCCCUCCUAAUCUGAAUCUCUAAUUCAUCUGAAAUAUAAAACAUUUACAAGUCCUUUCCCCUUUCUGAACCCUUUCUCCCCACCCAUGGCAAUAUGGCCUGUUAGUUCUUCUCUGCCUGGUUUGAGAAAGAUUGCAAUUUUGUUCAGCCCAAAAUUUUGAAAGCCAUACCCUCCUCCAGAAUGUAACGGUACAUUCUGAGGAUCAUCAACACAUCUAACAGUGUCCUUUUCUUGCCCUCCUCCUCAAAGGGUUACCUUUCUUGAUACCUGCACCGAAAAAAUAGCGUGCUUACUGCUUAGUGUGUCAUUCUUUGGUUUGUUUUGAUAUCAUUCUGGGUUUGUUUUUUCUCCAAUCCAGCUUUUGAUCUUGGUUUGCCUUUUUGUACAGAGUUUGCAGUGUGGUACUAGUAGUCCUGAGUGCAUGUAUACACCGGCAACUCGCCAUCCUACUACAUAUAAUGAACAGAGACAUAGAUAGAAGAGAGAAAGAAAAAAAAAUAGAGUAAAAAGAUUAACCAGUUGCAAAUUGGAUUCCUCUUUGUUGUUUUUGGGUGUGCAUAGAUCAUAGAAUAAACAUUUUUUAUUCCUUUUGUGAUUCUGAUGUACUGAAACAUAGUUAUAAUUGGAGUGGAAAUGCAUUUUGGCUUGGGUGUGCA